AUGGGGUGUCUCUUUGGGGUAGCUGUGUCUUCCUUCUUCUCCCAGCCACGUGACCCCCCUGAGACGCUUCACACCAGGUCUGCAGAUGAGCAUGCAACAGGAGGUUGCAGAGAGAGCACUGCAUAUGAAUUAGAUCAGCCAUGGUUGCUACCGGUGAUGGUGUUAAGUCACUUCCAGUCACGUCCUGUGACCCCAUGGACUGUAGCCCGCCAGGCUCCUCUAUCCGUGGGAUUCUCCAGGCAAGAAUACUGGAGUGGGUUGCCAUGCCCUCCUCCAGGGGAUCUUCCCGACCCAGGGAUCAAACUGUCAUCUCUAACAGUCUCCUGCAUUGGCAGGUGGGUUCUUUACAACUAG